UAACUGGUUUUGUUUGCUCCACACGGACACAUACACACCCCCGCUUAGACUAUGCGACCCGACGAACACAAAAAGAAAGAUUCACGACGAUAUCAAGCUCGUAAAAAGAAUCAAGGCGAUGCUACAGCAGCCGAAGUAGCUGAACGACGAAGACAGGCUGCUGUCAAGGCACGCGAUACGGGCACGAGUAUAGCAGCCAUACGUCGCCGGAAUGGCGAAUUACCGUCUAUCCAACAAGCACGCGAAUCAGCAGAAGCUACGGCCAGAAUAAAAAGCAGCAAGUUUAUUCGUCGUAAAAUCGACAGCAAUCGUGAUCGAUACACCGAGAUCUCUGAUCAAGAUGCCAUGUUGCAGGAUGCCGAGAUGGGAAUCGAUCGUGAAACGACGAACUUAGUUGCUAUGCUAGAACAACAGGACGAGACCGAGCCUGGAUCGACAUACUUCAAAUUUAAGGACGAAACUGUGGAUACGGGUCUGCUCGAGCAACAAGACCAAUCUUUAUUCCAUGUCGAUUUCAAUAUGUAUGAAGGCAUAUUGGGUCAAAUAGAUUGUCGGCAAGUGCUGGGGCUCUCAGAAGAGGAUUCUGCAUUGGUCGACGCAGCGUUUGGAGAACAACCAUUGACUCCUACGAAGCCGAUCGUUCCAGCAUUUGCAAAGACAGCACAAGGCCUUGUGCUGUUGAAUCAAAAGCCAAAAUCAGAGGCUGCGACAGAGCCAUCUGACGGAAUAUAUAUCCGGAAUGAAAGGAGAAUGCCACAACAUAACAAUGUAUCCAAAUCAUCAUCUUCAUCUCCCGUGACAAUAACAAAUACUGUUGAUGAUGUUGACGACGAAGGUCUUGACGAGCUCUUAGCUAUGGGACCAUCCAAAAAAGCACAAGAUAAACUUCCUGCUCGGGACUCUGCCGCGACGACAGCUGCUAAUAGCAACAGUACAUCUCCUAAAAUAGCUGCUGGUGAGUUUUUCUUAUAUAUAUAUAUAUAAAUUUCAUUGUCCCCGUUUGUAGGUAGGUAGUAGGAUAAAGAAUGAAGUAUCAACCAAGCUAAAUGGAUUAUCGACAGUAUCAUCAUCAUCGUCCCCAUCCAUACCGAAACCUCGGAUUGCGGCGGCAAGUUUACCACGGCCUUCAACAACAGCAGCAAUGACGAAACAAUCAGAACCUAAGACUGCAGCCAAGAAAAAGGAUGACGAUGAAGCAUGGCUAGACGACAUUUUGGGAUGAUGAGCAGUGAUGAUGGAUGACGGAUUGAAUGAUCCAGACCUCAAAUGGAUAUACUGGAUACGGUAAAUCCGGGCUUGGUUUGUGCACGGGGCAAGAGGUCUUUUGGUUACCCACCUCUACACAUGUACACUGUGUAUACACGCACACAUACACUAUCCCCCAUCCGGGUCAUGGGGCUAUUUUUCUUGUAUAUAAACGGGACGUGCGUGUGUGUGCGUCGCUGAUAAAAUAUAUU